AAAUGAGAUGACAAUUUAUUUUGUACGCUAUAAAAUGACAAACCGAUCAAUAGUAAAGCUAUUUACACUUGGAUCUCGAGACAUAUACUGACCAGCUGCCGGAGCGAAACUCAGAUUUGUUUUGGCGUUUAUAGUUUAAAGCGGAUUUUUCAAAUGGCUCUAAGUUCAAGUUCAUUUCAGGUGUUUGUAAUGGCAUGUGUAUGUGUUCUGUUUAUCUACUUUGUCCUUAAUGGUCUUUACAGAAGUAAAGAUUGUUUUUAUCAAAAACAUUCUAAAAAUAAAAGCAUGACAGAUGAAAAGAAACAACGGAAGUGUAUGUAUCAAAUAGAACAAAUGUCUCGAAAAGGAAACGGAAGAAAACGCUGGGAGUUAUGUGCGGGAAGUGUUCCUAAAACCAUCAUACAGUUUGGUAUCCCACGCACAGCAACAACGCUACAGUUCAAUAUAUUGUGUUUGUGCACGGCAAUGGUGUUCGAAGAUGAAAUAAAAUCUGUAGGAUGCUAUUUCAAUAGGAAGAAAUCCCAGAAAUAUAACGUUAUAAAAACGCAUAAUAUCGCAAAGUUUCUGCCGAAAACACCACCUAAUUCUUGGAUUUUCAUUACUUCAAGUGGUUCAUUGUCACCUCGGAAUAAACAUCUGUUAAACGCAAGUAGACGGGGGAUAGAGAAAAGAAAUAUCACGAUUCCGUAUGUUGCUGAUCUCGAUUUGGUCACCAGACGAGGUUAUUUCAUUGCUUAUGAAUAUCAGCCUAUCUUUGGGUUAUCCGAUGAAAAAAUGCAGCAUAUUAUUGAAUAUUUCCGCUACUGGGAUAUUCUUCGGCUCUGCUGUGGAAAACAGAUGUCUGCAGAUUGGCGAAAUCGCCUGUCACGAAAACUAAAUUAUAAACAACAUCAUGAUCUUCAUAGCCCAUCAUACCCUGCUUGCGAAACAUACAAUAUAAGUCAAGUCGAACUACUUUUCCUCAAUACGUAUGCUUACAGGAAAUUUGGACAUAUCAGUUCACUUCGUGACGCUAUUGGGAAGCCAUCGACUGUUGACGGUAAACUGGAUGGAACCUAUUGUGAACGUUGCAACACAUAUAUUGCUAAACAUCAUGUAAGACAAAAUCAAAAAUGCGCUUAAAAAUUGCAUAUUUCGGAAGCAAUUUCAUUAGGAAAUUGUAUUGUCCUUUUCAUGGCUAAAUUUAUCUAAUGGAACUUUUUUAAAAAAAAAAAAAUGCUCAUGAAAUUAACGUUUAAGCGGUUCAAUACUUUUGGCUUAUACACAUCUAGACCCUAGUCGCCAGUCCGUUAUUGAUGGUUUUAUUACUGUAGUGAAAAUAAAAUCUUUUGGAAACAUAGCAUGCAACAAAUAGAGCACAUUUGUUUGUUGCGAGUGAAUAUAAAAUAUAUCUCACUGGGAAGUGAGAAAAUUUCAAAUAUUUUCAUGAUCGCGUAGCGCGAGUGAAAAUGUGAAAAUGUUCUCUUUUUGAGGUGAGAUUUUCUAUAUUCACGGAAAACAAAUAAAUUUUCUUUUUAUUUUUAUGCUUAAUUUAUUUGAGAUAUACAUUUUGCAAUAAUUUUUAAUCUCAGCACGGGAAACAGACGCACGUAAACGAACAUGACGUCAGACGUGUUGUGACGUUAGGAAGACGCACACAUCAUAAAGUUCCAUUUUAUUUUAUUUCUUGCUGCACAACGUUAUGAAAUUUUCAUUAAGUAAGGUAAUUUGAAUAGAGAAAUAUUCUACAAAGAACAAAGUGCGACUACAAUUUUCAUCCUGUUUUAAGCAAGUAAUUUAAAAUUUAUACACGAUGUACAAGUAGAUCGGCAAAGCUUUAUCAUUUACAGUGAGUGUUAUGCAGUGAGUGAUAUGCAGUGAGUGAUAUGGGUUAUAUCUCACUGAUAAAACACAGUAUUUCAUCAGUUAGCAUAAAAUAAAGCAAAAUAGUAGUAGACUUAGUGACUCAGUUUGAUUGAGUCUGUUCGUAGUAGGUCGUCCACGCCCUAGCACCGGCUUAAACGGAAUUCUAUUUCACAGAUAUUGAAUGGACUCCAUGAUCCCAAAGGACUGGAAAAAUAAUACCUCUGAAUGGAGGUACGGGGAGACUUUUCACAGCCGCCACACACAUUAAAAAAUUAAAGCAAUAGGAUUUUUAACCUUGUUCUUUCCAUCAAAAUAACCGUUAUCUUAGUCUGGCAACAUGCGGUAAAAAAGAGACUUUGCAGUCUUUCAGAAAACAUUUAAAAUAGGAAUAGUGUAAACUCAACAGGUUGCCCAACACGACAAAAAGGGAAAUGUCACAAGCUAGCUUGAUUGAGCUUGUUC